AUGGAACCUUCUCUGCGCCUCACGCCGUCCUCCAACCCGAAAGCAGCCUCCGUGAAGGACACCUCGAACAGUCUCGGGCUCCACGACACUCUGCAAUAUGGCCCCAGGAGUAUUGCGACGGAGGUGAAGACCGUCAGUCCCAUCCGUCACCGUCUGGAGAACUGGGAGCAGACGCAAGACAACCUCAAACUGACCAUGCAGCGGAAUAUCGAUGGGCUGCAUGCACCGGUCAGACUGCUGAUGGAGAGGAAGAUAGUCUCAUCCAUGGCUCAGAUGCCUACGAUGCCCCAGUCAAACUUGCAUCUCGACAUUCUCAUGGGACGCGACGAGACCCUGGACGUAGGGGACUUCUUUGGUGGAGUGGAGAUGCGGACGCCGCAGAGUAUCCAUGCCGAGAUGGAGAAGAAAUAUCGCAUCUAA